AUGAAGGUAUUUAGCGCUGCGCACGCGGCCAUUCUUCUCGCCGGUUUCGCGCUGGCUCACCCCGGUCAUGAUCUGACCGAGGAGAUCCUCGAGCGACGAUCGUUCAGGAACUCGGUCCGCUCUGCCUCGCUCGGCCAUUGCUCCGAGACACUGAGGGCGCGGGGCGUGGAGGCUCGGAACAUUCAGCGCAGAGCUGCCGCUGUUGAAGAAGCGCGACAAGUCCGCGGUCUUCAGAGUCGUGAUGCGGCCAGUGUGCUGUCGACGUCGCAUAAUGAGACCGACUUGGGUUUCACGGUUGACACCCCAUCUUCGAUGCUGUUUGCUGCCAACAACUCUUGCGUACUCACACCCGAAGUAACGCAGGGCCCGUAUUACGUGUCGGGAGAGAGCAUUCGGCAGAACGUGGUUGAUGGACAGAAGGGCGUCAGCAUUACGCUCGACUAUCAGGUGAUUGACGUUGAUUCAUGCGAGGCCAUCCCUGACGCGUAUGUCGAGAUAUGGCACUGCAACUCGACAGGUGUCUACUCUGGCGUCGUCGCCAACGGCAAUGGCGACUCUUCGGAUGCAAGCAAUAUCAACCAGACAUUCCUUCGAGGAAUCCAAAAGACCGACGCCGAUGGUGUCGCACAAUUCGAGACUCUUUUCCCGGGCCACUACCGAGGCCGCGCGACGCAUAUCCAUAUCAUGGUUCACACUAAUGUGACGGAGCUGAGCAACGGCACCCUUGAAGGGGAUACCUAUGCCAGCCACGUCGGACAGACGUUUUUCGACCAGGACCUCAUAUCGGCUGUCGAGUUGCUCUCGCCAUAUUCCACCAAUCGGCAGCAACUAACAACCAACUCCGCCGAUAGCAUAUUUUCGGAGGAAGCCAAUGGUGUCGAUCCGGUAAUGGCCUAUACUUUGCUUGGAGACAACAUCAGUGACGGAUUGUUUGCCUGGCUCGCUUUCGGAAUCAACACUACAUACGCCAGCCAGGUCAAAGCAGCGGCCCAUCGCACUGGUUCUGGUGGCGUAGACAACGGCACAAGUAAUGGAAAUGACAACAGCCGAGCUGCUCCUCUAACAUUUACCUAUGGUGCUGUGGCAUUCUCUAUGGUUGGUUUCUUGUUGCCUUUUCUUAUGUGGGCCUGA